ACAGUCAGAUAACACCUGUCGGUUUAUAGUGCAACACGUGAAACCCACAGCAAAAUGUCGCCAUGGAAUACUUUAGUGUUUUCUGCAAUAAUCUUCAUUGUAAACAACGAGGGGGUUAUUGGUGUGACAAAUCUUACAACAACCGUAAACACCUUGUUCCAGAGACUGCAGGAUAUGCAAGCAACAAGGUACACGCCAGGAGUCCCACCUUUAGUUUGGACGAAAUUCCCCGGGGUGUACGAGAGUGAUGUUAAAAUGUAUUUUCAUGGUGCCCCCGUGGACUCCACCCUUCGAUACACCUUUGGAGUGUUCGACAAUAACAUGUUCGCCACAGCUUGGGUUACAACGUGUCUGGUAGAGGCGUAUAAAUAUGGAAAUGCACCGAAACCAACAAGAGAAAUGUUAGAUUCGGCCAUCGAUUUCAUUAUGGAGCACCGUAACAAAAAUGCUGGUUUUAAUAAUUCUAUAAUGGCAUUUUGGCCGCAGUUAUACGAUGCAAACUACAAGGGGUAUGUAAGCACACCUGUGAAUCUCCUUGGUCUCUUUAACUCCACAUACCUGGUUGACUGGGAUCCAAUCUACCAGGAACUCGAUUCUCUUGGUCUCCAUCAUGUCACCGAAACAAUUCAGAAUCUAUUGGAAAGGAGAGAUGGAUACCGUCAUGUUUUUCACAUUCCUCCCGAUUUUGACGACACUUCAGUAAACUUAGGUUUAGGAUCUCUGUUGAAGGAGUACAUCAUCGAUUUCCCGGAAUCGUCAGUGUUAUGGCAAACUCACAACUCCAAUCUAUCAUCUGUCUUCACUGCGCUCAAACAUUAUGCAUAUAAACCCAUGACGAAUGAUUCAAGAGUAAAUACGAUAGAUACCCGUACUUAUUUCUACAUGAGACACUUCUUGGAAAACGCUACAGCAGAGAGAAAACCGGUUGCGUUGAUUGCCACAUGGAUUCAAGACUUUAAUGAUCUCAGAACUGAAUACAACAGAGGCGUGGUAACGCCUGGUGACGUCAACAACGUUGACGUGACGGUUUCUGCCAACGCUCUGUAUGGAAUUACCAACAGUAUUCUGUCUGGUCUUGUCACGACAGAGGUUCUGGAGGAUCCAGAAAUACAGCAAAUCUACCUGAACACUUCCACGAUGAUCACAUACCAGAUCAAUAGUAACUUCUCUUCUCGUCCAGAUCUCGCGUUAACUUACUACCCUUCUGUUAUGGAAUUCUACUGGUUCGUCGCAAGGACAUAUUCUCUUCUGAGUCGCAGAUACCGUACAGAGGGUCUACCACAUGAAGCAAUGACAAAAGUAAUGCACGAAUUAGAAGAAGCCUUAAGUGAAACAAUGACAAAAACGGUUGUCAAAGAAGCCAUUUAUGAUGAGAAAGGCAUGGCGUAUUUUGAUGAUUUUCUGGGCAAUGGCGACGUAGAUGAAACUGGUCGUCACGUGAAGUACGGCGAAGAUCGACUCUUUACCACUUCCAUGGCUAUAAAUGCUUUGAUAACAACAUGGACUUUCUUCAACGAAAAGAGUGGACAAUUGCAUUGGAAUCCGGAUACUCCCUCGGAUGUAAAGGUAGUUGUAUCCGCCUCGGUAUCUUACCUGAACGAGUACGUUCUCAGUGGACAAUUCAAACCAUGGAAUACAUUCUUUUCCGGAUCAGUAAAAGGACACACAAUUACCUCUUCCUCUCAUUAUCCUGCCAAUCGACAGGGAUAUAUCAACGGAACCAAAAUCCAUAUCCGGGGCAUGGAGGGCAUGGUGAACAGUACGUGGUAUGACCAGCAGCUUAAAAUUCGCAAGUCUCCCAUUGAUUUCCAUGGAUACAACAGCUCUCCAGAUUAUUUCCCAUUCUGGUGUUCACAACCAUACACUUACGUCACCAGCAUGCUAGCUCUAUCGACAUUCAAUAACAUUGCAGAGAAUGUCAGCUAACAUUGACUAACAAGGGGAUUUAAAAUGCAAAAAUGGAGAAAAACACAUAGCUUUUUGUGUAUCCGUAGUAUGAAAUUAAAUAAUGAAGUCUUUAACAACCAAAUUGCAUAUAUUCAGUCACCCACAACACCCGUCGAUAUCCAUGUUUAAAUAAUUGUUGAUUAAAUUCAGAAGGACUCGG